AGAUUUGGGAACUAGGAGGAUUCAAAUCAUGUUAUUGAGAUCUUUACUUAUGGUGACUUCAGGAUACAAAGCAACAACGAUAACUAAUGCACUUCCUCCCCCAUUUCUGGACCCAUUAUUGUCUCCUUCACUUAUGGAAGACUCUGAGCUAAGGCAGCUGGUCUUGGAAAUACUGCAUAAUCUCAUUGAUCGACAUGACAACAGAGCAAAGCUCAGAGGGAUUCGAAUAAUACCAGAUGUUUCUGAUCUAAAGAUAAAACGAGACAAAAUUUCAAGGCAAGAUGUGAGCUUCAUGAAAAAGCAUGGCCAGCAGUUGUACAGACACAUCUACUUGGGCUGCAAAGAAGAAGACAACGUACAAAAAAAUUUUGAACUGCUGUUUACAUCUCUAGCUCUUACCACAAUUGAACUAGCCAAUGAAGAAGUGGUAAUUGACCUCAUUCGAUUAGCUAUUGCUUUGCAGGACAUUGCCAUCAUCAAUGAAGAUAAUCUGCCAAUGUUUAAUCGUUGUGGUGUCAUGGCAUUGGUUGCAGCAUAUCUAAACUUUCUGAGCCAGAUGAUUGCAGUUCCUGCCUUUUGCCAGCAUGUCAGCAAGGUCAUCGAAACUAGAAGUCUGGAAGCAUCUUACUUUCUACCAGAAACAAUUUUCAAAGACAAAUGCAAUCUUCCAAAAUCCUUAGAGAAGCAUGAAAAAAAUUUAUUUUUCCUGACAAACAAGAUUGCAGAAUCAUUAGGAGGCAGUGGAUACAGUGUGGAAAGAUUGUCAGUUCCAUAUGUACCCCAGGUAACAGAUGAGGACAGACUCUCCAGGAGGAAGAGCAUUGUGGACACUGUAUCUAUUCAGGUGGAUAUUCUGCCUGGCAACAACACAGAGGAUAAGGUUGAUAAUACUGAAGAAAUCACCUUUGAAGCUUUGAAGAAAGCAAUUGAUAACAAUGGACUUGAAGAACAGGAAAAAGAAAAAAGGCGUCUCGUGAUUGAAAAGUUCCAAAAAGCGCCAUUUGAAGAAAUAGCAGCACAAUGUGAAACCAAAGCAAACUUGCUUCAUGAUAGGCUUGCACAGAUACUGGAACUCACCAUUCGUCCUCCACCUAGCCCCUCAGGAACGAUGACCAUUACUGCUGGACAUGCUCAUUACCAAUCUGUUCCAGUCUAUGAGAUGAAGUUUCCAGAUCUUUGUGUGUAUUAAGUGUCUUCUGAAGUCUGCUGGACAUUAUUUAGAGUAGAGUACAAUAGAAAGAACAAGAUGAGUUUUCAAAUUUUA